AUGACGAGCACAAAGUGGAAUAAAAUCUUACCAUCUGUACCAUUAAAUGAGAUUCCUAAAGUUAAAAAAGAAAUUAUAUCCGAAUUACCGCAUCUUAAUGCAAAGGAUAUAAGAAGAUACAAGAUCCCAUAUAACGAAGCGGUUUUGCAUGAAUUACGAGAAGAAGGCUCGUACGAAGCAGCAGAAUAUUUUAAGUGUCUUUUAAAUAUUGACGAAGAGAGGAGAAUAUCAGCUGGUCGUAAUACUUCGAUCUGGAAUGAGCCCAAAUUAAAAGACAACAAGGAACUAAUUGAUUAUCUUCUCAAUUUUUUAACGAAUUUCUUUCAACACACAAUUUCGGACAGUAAAAAAGCCACGGCCCUUAUAAAAACAGCACUUGUAACAGAGACUUUGAGCUCGGAAUGGUGGUGGAUCACCGAUGUCCUGUACCGCACAGCUUUUUGGAUUGUCAAAGAGAUCAGAGAUAGCGACGAGCAGCUUCGCAUGAUUUCCCUUCUUCGAUUUGUCUAUGGAAGAUUUUUGUUUCAUAAAAUGAAUAACGCGAGGGCUGCUCUGGAGCACGUACGCAAGGCCCAGCGUAGCUCUCGGGAAAAGCCUUGGAGCAUAUCGAUGGUAUUAGAUGUCAAACAUGAGAUGUUAUUUAUGCAAUGCUGUACCUUGAUGCACAAAGUGCUUUUAAGUAUAGCUCGAGAAGUUUGCAAUAACCAGCCGCAAGUCGCUGUCAAUUCUUGCAAAGUUGCUCUUACCGCGGCCAUCGAGUCUGGCCAGGAGGAACUCGUCGCCGAGGCACAGUUUGAACUUGGUAAAAGCCAAAUCGCCAUUAAAAAUGUUAAACAAGCACUAAAGUGUUUGUAUAAGAGUCUUGCGAUAAUGGAAAAAAUUUUCGAUCCAAUCGGGAUGUGCGAGGCUUAUUCGCAACUAGCUAACGUUUAUAAGGAAAUGAAUGAAGAUAAAAAAGUUUUAGAGCACUUGCAAAAAUUAAAAGAUACAGCUACCAAUUACCAAUUACCUAACAAACUUGCUGAAGCUCAUUACUUAGCCGGAGAAUAUUAUUUAUAUCGGGGUAAUCCGACAGAAGCGAGUCUGAAUUUCGAAUCUGCAUUCUCAUUGUACAAUGGACUUGGUGCUAAAGAAACUAAUCUUGUCAGGUGCUUAACAGGCGUUUCCAGAGGUCAGGAGUUGCUACACGCAUUUCAAGCCUUGUUAGUGCAAUGUAUCGGCGGCAACGUCGAUGCAACAUUGCAAAUCUUGAAUUGGAAGGAUCGCGGUGAACCCUUUGAGGAAAAGCCGAUGCCUGACAAAAGUACGUUAUUCAUAAGAAUGGGAAACCAAAUUUUUUCCCCCAAUUAAUUUUAGUGGCUCUCGUUAGAAUUUUCAUGGGUUUACUUUUGUUUAGAUUUGUCGGGAAGCCGCUAUAUAUAUAUAUAUA